AUGAAGCACUUUGCUGCCCUGAUUCUGGCGUCUGCCCUGGCCGUCCCGCUGGGUGCUUUGCCUGUCGAACCAUUUACGCCAACAUCACAAAAUCUUCCCACCGUCGUCUACCGUGGCGAUCCGAUUCCUCCAGAACAGUAUAAAAAAGACGGCGGAAUCCCGCCCGACUUCACGGGAAACAUGACAGAAAGGUCAUACAGUUUGUAUUGGCACAAUGUUGGUACCGAUUCAGACCCCGACAGAAAUUUCCAAUCGGCUUACGCGGCAACCUCGACGGAAUUUGCAGCCGCUGUUUCUUUUGCUAUCCAGCACAAUCCAAACGAAGGAGGAUGGAUAUAUGAAAUCCACGCCACGCCAAAUAUAAUUGACUUAGAACACUCUGAUUUUGAGCCUAUGUAUAAAGAGCACUCGUUUGCUGCCGUGGGGGGAAUACGCUGGGACCAGGUUAAGGCCUCCAUUUGGGUUCCCAAGAGUGUGACGACCCGCAAGGACGCCGGCGGUAUCCAGGAAGAAGAGAAAAAGAGGUGGCAGACAGCUGAGGAUUUUGGGAAGGAGUUCCCCUUCGCCCGGGUCAUUAACGGAGACUACAACCCGGUAUACGACCAAUAUCGCGUUAGUCAAGGACAGCCUCAACUUGCUGGCGUGCCGAAGGGGAGAGGACCAGGGCCACUUGCGAGCGAAUUCGCAAAGGGGAACAAGACUUUGAAGCAGCAUGCCAUUGAGUUUAUGAACAAGGUUGGCGCGCCUGUGGGCUGGAAGGGGACCUUUCCACUUGACCUCAAGGCUCCUGUAAGCUGUCGAGCGUAA